AUGGCCGGUCAAACUCCGUCAAAUUUAAUCGAAGAAAUUAGUGAUCAUCCUGAAUUUAUUGUUGAAUAUGAGCCGGUGAGAAAAAAGGAGAACAAAAGGGAGAAAUUUAAGAACAGUAGGUUUUGUUUGUUUGUGUAUGGAUCGGAUAUGACGUGGAUGGUGGAGGCGAUGGCGUCAGGGUGUGUGCCGGUGGUGAUUACGGACCGUCCGUUACAGGAUCUGCCGUUGAUGGAUGUGGUUGACUGGUCAGAGAUGGCGGUGUUUGUGGGGGUAAAGGGUGGUGUUAAGGGUUUGAAACGGGUGUUGGAUGGAAUAGAGAAAAGUCGGUAUGAGCGGUUGGUGGAAUCUGGUGUGGCGGCGACACAGCAUUUGGUGUGGAACGCAGAACCGCAGGCGCAUGAUGCGUUCCAUAUGGUUGUUUAUCAGUUGUGGUUAAGACAGCAUACGGAGGGUGAUGGUGGCGGUGAUGGUGGAGGCUUUAUCAUGGACUUAGAAGCAACCAUGUGGUCAAUUUGGAAAACUCAAGUUCCUACUACUGAUAGGUGA